AUGGACGCAAGUCUCCCUGACGACGAAGAGCUCUUCGAUGAGGAGGCACAGCUCAUCGCAGAGGAGCGUGCUCUCUGGACAAUACUCUCCCUCUUCUUUGGCGGCAUGGGAGAGUCAGACCGCCUCAUCUCACAGGAGCUGGCCAGCUGGCUUCAGGUCAAUGCUGCUGUGCUCCUGGCUGGGGAAGGCGGCAGGCAGCUGUCCCCCGCCUCCCUCGCCGCCUUUGAGUCGGCCGACUACCCAGAGCUGACGGAAGGCUACUGGGAGACGCUUCAGCGCCUCGUCUGCCUAGGCUGGACGGCCGACGCCCUGAGCCUGCUGGGCCUGCACUCCGCCUGGGCUGCGUGGAAGUCCGGCGGGUCGCUGCACCCCGCCCUGGCCGGCCGCAUCAGGUCCCUGGACGCGGAGCUGUCGGGCGCGGAGGAGUUUCUGUCGUACCGCGCGCGCUGGCAGGGGCAGUCCGCCUGGUGCUGGGGAGGAUCGCUGUGGGAGGGGGAGCACGAGGCGCCCUGCCGCGCCCUGCUGGCCUGCAUGGCGGGCGAUGUGGAGCAGAGCAGCCGCCUGGCGACCUCCUGGCCGGAGCUGCUAGUCGCGCGGCUGCUGGCCGGGCACCCCGCCGCGGCCCUGCAGGCCUGCUCUCAUGGCGCCUCUGCCUGGCUCUCUGCGCACGCCGCCCUCGUCGUGGCGCAGCACCCCGCGGGGAGGCAGCUGGAAAGUGACCUGCUGGCGGAGUACGGGUGCACCCAGCCAGAGUUCUACAAGCUGAACUUCGUCAGCGCGCUGGCCAGCCACGAACCGACACGCUCGCAUGCACACGUGACCGUGGCGUUCCGCUUCGGUCUACGGAAUGACUAUGGCACCAUGCUCUGCCAUGGCGGCGCUGGCGCAGGCCCUGCACAGUCGGCUGUGGAGUGCCUCGAAGCCACCGCGGCAUUCCUGGGGUUGCUAAACGAUUGCUAUUCUGACAAGCUCUUGGUGCCACUGCCACUGGAGGAGUACACCCAGGUGUUUGUGCCCCCGGGUGUGCUCACCCGACCGCACAUCACCCCUGGCUGGGCUGUGCACCCUACAACCUGCCUGGUCACCAGGGGCUGCGAUGAGGGGGCCACCGGCACGCGCUUGGAGCUUGCCGCUGCAUUCGCAAAGCAGGUGUUUGGGCUGGCCCUGCGCCCAGCAAGCCCAGCUGAUGCCUGGCUGGUGACGGGGCUGGCAGCCUGGCUGGUGGACCAGUUCAUCCGCGAGUACCUGGGGCGCAAUGAGCUGCAGUAUCGGAAAUGGAAAGCUUCAGCUGCAGUGUGCACCGCUGAUGACGGCAGUCUUCCACCCCUGGCGUCCCAGUUGCCUGGUGGUGCCGCGACGGCUGCUCAGCUGCUGGCGGGCGCAUUCCCCCUUUCAGAGGUCAUGGAACUCAAGUUUGUGACGGAGCUGGGAAGGCUGGCCGGCUUUCGUAAGGACGUCCCUGCCUUCUUCGCACGCUGGGUCUUGGGCUCUGGAACCCCGCGUAUCACCGCCGGCUUUGUCUACCACGCGGGCCCGCAGCGACGCAGCGUCCUCGAGCUGGCCUUGCGGCAGGAGGGCGGGACGCGCGCUGCAGCAGCGGCCGCUGCCGCAGCGACUCGUGUCUCUGACUCAGCAGGAGCGGGCGUGGGAAUACUGCGUGUAAGCGUGCAGGAGGCAGAGGCCGCGGUUGAGCACCCUGUGCACCUGGGCGCCGAGCCAUGGAAACUUGCGGAACUCAAGGUGAACCCGGAUGUGAAGAAGGUGCCCGGUCGGCGAGGAGCCAAGCGACGCAAGGUGCAAGAGGAAGCGCAGGAUGAGAGCGCGGCUCUCUUGUCUACCUUGGAAGGAGUGGAGAAUCCUUUGCAGCCGGUGCAGUGGGUGCGCAUCGACCCAGGCGGGGAAUGGCUGUGCUCGGUGUGGCUGGAGCAGCCGCUCCGGUGCUGGGUCGCGCAGCUGGCGCACAGCCGGGAUGUCGUCGCCCAGGCAGAAGCAGUGGCGGCACUGGCACAGCAUCCGUCUCUGGCGGCAGUCGCAGCCUUGGUACGCUGCUUCACAGACGAGAGUGUGUACCAUCGUGUCCGCGCUGAUGCCGCAGUAGCACUGGGGCGCCGGACGGAAGGGGCAGGGGUCCCAGAAGGCAUCGCUGCACUGCUGGCAUUCUACAAAAAGCACUUCUGGGAUGCAACACUGGAUGCGCCUGUGUCUUGCGCGCAACACAGUCUGAGCGAGAAGCUUGUGGGACAGGCCAUCAUCCGCGCAUUGGGCCUCUCACGCGAUGACGACGGCACUACACCCAUCGACGUGCUGCUCUUCCUGUCCACGGCUCUGGAGCAGUUCCCAAGUGAUCUCAAUGCACACGAAACCAGUGACAUGCUGGCGGCCCUGUGCAGUGCAGUCGGCAACAUCCGGCACGACUUGGUGAGGACUGGAUUACUCCUCAUGCAGUUCACAGACGCUGCCCUGGUGCUGUUGGAGCGAUCCCUACAUCGCGAGUUGGUCUGCCCCUCACCCAGCGGCGUCGUGGGCCAGGCAGUGGUGGGCGCGCUGGCCACGCUGGGGUCCGGCCCAGGCGCAUCUCCUGACGAUGAGAUUUGGCGGCGCGUGCGCGCCACGCUGGCGUCCAUCAUCGCAGAUGGCGACGUGUUGCCGGAGCUGGCCACCGCGGCCACCGCCGCCCGCCUCCGCCUCGAGCUUGCUGCGCGGGGGCCUGAGGCUGCCGUGGCGGGUGCGCUGCGCGCUCUGCGGGUAGCCAGGGGCUCAUAUGCCAAGGCCUCUGUGGUCGGAGCGCUGCUGUGCGCCGGGGCGACACUGGGGGCGCUCUUGUCUCCACGUCUGGAUGGCGGUGAGGGGACUUUGCAACCCGUGUGCCUCUUGGAGCUGGAGGCCACAGCAAGCGCAGCAGUAGAUCCCGAGCUGCGCCAUGCACUGCACGCGCUGAUGCGGAUGCUGCUGGGUGGCUCGCUGGCCGUCGAGGAUGCUGAGGAAGACGGGCCCGCACCUGCCGAAGAUGAUGUCUCUGCGCCACAACGCAUCACGCUGCGCCUGCCCUCUGCUCUUCCCACGAUCUCCGGGGACGAUCAGCCUGUGCUCGGCCAGGCCAAUGCAGCCCCGCCCAGCGAGGCUGCACCUUUGCCAAAGUCUGGCGGCGCUGCCGAGGGAUGCGACGAGCCUGCGGCACUGAGCGACGUGGGCGCCCAGUCGGCUGCCUUCAAGUUCGUCCUGAAGCUGUGA